AAAAGUUUAAACGCAGUCAAAUAUAUAUAUAUUUUUUUUGUUUCCUAUCGUUUUCUCGAUCCCAAGUGCGAUCUGGAAAAUUUGCUUAAGCUAUCCACCCUUUCCAAGUAAAUUAUUUAUAAGAUUUGAGUAGCCAUGCCGGCGUGUGUGACAGAAAAAUGUAUGUCUAAUGUGGAAAUAGAUGGCUCAACGCGAAAGAAAAGAGUUACUAUUGGUGAUCAGUUUCAGAAUGACCCUAUUGCUUCAUCAAUUUUAUACACUAUGAGAGAUCCCAUGAAAGGAAGUAAUUGUGGUGGGAUGAAACGAAUGAAGUUGAAUGAUGUUGAAGUUGAGCACCUCUUAGAAAUGUACGAAGAGGAAGAUGAGGUAGAGACGAGGCCAAGUAAUGCGCUUAACAAAGAAGCUUCUCAGAGGUACAAAGAUGUAAUGUCUUAUUUGUUGAAGCCAGCUAGUAGUUAUACCUUACUAUACGAACCACAUCUUGUUCCAACAUCAAAAACUCCUUACAAAAAGAAGGGGAAAUGUAAAUCCACACAACAAAAUGUCCAGAAAAGUAGGCCUCCCACCAAAAAAGAAGCACAAUUCAGUUCUUUCCCAAGAAACGUCAGGACUCUAACAGUCACCGGUAUGCUUGAUGGGGCACGUGUGCAGUAUCUUUCUGCAUCAAAGGAGAAGGAGCUUCGUGGAGUUAUCAAAGGCCCUAGCUAUCUUUGUGGGUGCAAGUCUUGUAAUUACUCUAAGGAAGUAAAUGCUUAUGAGUUUGAAUCCCACGCGGGUUGCAAAACAAGUCACCCCAACAAUCACAUACACUUGGAGAAUGGCAAGACCCUCCAUUUUGUUGUUCAGGAGUUAAAGGAAACCCCUCCAACUAUGUUAUGUGAUGCCAUUCAAACUCUCACUGCCCCUUCUCUCAAUCGAGAAGCUUUCGAUUCUUGGAAAGAAUCAUUUGAAGCUUGUUUGGCGAAAGGGAAAUAGCUCGGUAACUACUAUAAUUCAUAUGUAAUUGGGAAAAUUUUGUCUUGUGGGAAGGGUCCACUAGAUUUUUCCAUUUCCUUACCACAUA